AUGGGAAUCGACUACUUUUCGGAGAACUACAGUCUAUCUUCAAGCUCGGACGACGACGAGCCAAAGGAUAUGGCUUUCAACUUCAAGUCUGGAUCGGGUCGCUUCACAGAAGACCGUCGCGACGGACUGGGGUCUGAACCGUCGUUGCGGGGCAGUCGGAAGACUCAGCUUCGCUCUUUCGAAAAGCUGGAACCACGUAAUAGCGGGGACGCAUCCAGCUACGACGAAAACGACGAUCGAUCUUUCGCGGCGCCCGCGCCGGAGAUAGAUUCCGUCAUCGCAGAGGGGACCAUGACAGAUACUACACAGGUGAGCAGCUCGCUGACGACAAAGGCGCCGUCGAGCUCCGCUGCAAUUUCGUCACAGGAUACCGGGCGGCGGGCAACUGACGGAGAUAGGUCGUUGUCUAUCAGCACGGAGCUAUGGAGUGUGAGGGCGGAGGGGUCGAUGGGCGGUGGUCCCGACAGGCUGUCGGUGCGGUGGCUGGGAGGUGAGAGGGAGACGAGUUCGAGCUUGCUGAAUGAGGAUGGGAGCUUGGAAGAUGGACCGGAGGGACGGGUGGAUGGAACGAGUACGAUCUCAGUUGAGGCGCUGAAGGAUAUGUGGAAUGAGAUGGUGAGACGAGACUCGGAGACGUCGUCAUGA